AUGCUUGGCAGGGAGUUGAAUUCCUGGCUUCGGGCACCCGCCGUGGGUAACACAGUUGUCCGACACAUCAGGACAGUUUGGGAGCGACGUUUUCUGAAGGAUCUCUACCAUCGACGCGAACUUCUUGGCUCAGACCCUGUCAUCGCUCGCUCUUCUCUGCCAAACUGGAAUUACCAGGCUGAACUUUACGCGUUUGGAAGUCGACUAGGUGCUAGCAAUACAGCGAUCGAGAAUUGGAUUCCGGCAUUAACGACACCAUCAUUUGCGGAGCGUAAUGAUGUUUCGGACAAUGCCGGGUACGAACAUCAGUCUCUACGUGGCGAUGGGCAAGAAUCGACAAGCAAUAACAAUACAUUACGCGAAGAAGGGAACAAUGUCCUUCGAUUGAAUGUGGCCGUUUUCCUGCGGGCCCAAUUUCCGAAGGCGCCUGAAGAAUUUAUCCAAGGCGUCACUGAGCAGCUUGUGUCGAACAAACUUCUUCAUAUGAUCGGCAAUACAAUCGGUCUCGACACUCUUAUCCGUACGGGCGAGCACCCUCCGAGUGAACAAAGCAUCAGUGACUCGUUGCGUGCUCUACUUGCCGUCGUUGAUUCCAAGACGGCAUCGAAGAUAAUCAUGGAUUUUAUCAUUCCUCAAAUACUUGACGUCGAUCUGGAGGAGAUUCUGUCUUUCGACGAGCCACUUGAAGUUGCGGCAUCCCAAUUGAAGAAGCUCGGGUUCAAUGAGAUUGUCCCUCGUAUAUUGCGAAGCUCCGGGGAAAUGAGCGCCGAGCCGUGUUAUGUUGUCGGCCUCUAUGCAGACCAAAAGCUCGUCGGACAAGCGGCCGGCGAAUCGCUGACGGUGGCUAUUCGGUGGGCUUCCGUCGAUGCCCUUCUGGGUUCAUGGCGUAUUAUGCCUGAUCAGAUCUGUUUCUUCGCCGAGAAUGCGUUGGAGAACCUUGAUUUCGCCAAAUACAGCCAACCGAACCCCUCGUUGAAGCAGCUAUGCGGCGAUGACGUCAACACAAAGCUCCUUGCGAAGCCAGUUGAAGGUCUCAACAUUAUUGAAGCUGCCCUCCGAUGGCGGAAUGAGAUCGAGCCGGUCGUCGGGCGCACCUACAGCAAGACGCUCCGCCACAAAUUCUCUCGCGGCACAUUCGUAAAACGGACGUUCCGCCGACUUGCCAAGCCGAAGGUGUAUAACCUUGGA